AUGGCCUUGUUUUCUGAAGCAGACACUGUUAAAACCUUAGGGCUUGCGUGGAAUCCUUCACAGGAUGUUUUUAAAAUAGCGCAUAUUAAGGUUUUAGAAGCAGACAUUAGACAGGGUGUUGACACAAAACGAUCUGUAUUAUCAACAAUUGCACAGAUUUAUGACCCAAUUGGGCUCAUAUCUCCAAUAUCUGUAACUGCGAAGUUGAUAAUGCAGGAGUUGUGGAGACAAAACCUUGGUUGGGACGAGACUUUGUCGCGAGAGUUACAAGAUAGGUGGAAUCUUUUUAAAGUUCAUCUCUCUGAUCUAGAGAAUCUCAGCAUUGCUUGGAGACACGUCUGUAGUAAAGAAAAUGCUGCAGACAUUAUAUCUAGGGGUGUAAAGACGCCAUUAGAGUUAGUAGACUGCGAUCUAUGGUGGCACGGGCCUGCUUGGCUGCUACAAGAUUCUAGUAAUUGGCCUAACAGGUUUGCUGGUGAUGUUAAGGAAGCUAUUCCAGAACGGAAAGUGCUAGCAACAACUGUCGGCAACACUAGGAAUGAAUUACUAGAAGAUCUUCUGGCUAAGUGUUCUCGGUUCAGCAAACUAGUCAGGGUGGUGGCGUUCUGCAUCCGAUGGAUCAACAUUAUUCGUUUCAAACAAAGAGGUUUACUUUCGGUCGCUGAAUUAAACACAGCGACGAAGCGUAUCUUUUAUAUGGUUCAGAAGGAUGUUUUUGGUAAUAUAGGUGAACAGUUGAAGUUAGGUAAGCAAUCCAAUGCAUCUCUUGGUAAGCUGAAAGCUUUAAAUCCUUUUGUGAAUGCUGAAGACUUACUUCGAGUGGGUGGGAGAUUGGAGAAAGCCAACAUACCCUACGACCAAAAACACCCAGUGAUUCUACCUAAAGGCAAUAUUGUUAUUGAUAUGUUUGUUAGGUUUGAGCAUGAAAGAUUGUUGCAUGCAGGUACCCAAACUGUUCUAGCAAACAUUAUACUUAAAUAUUGGCCUAUAGAUGGUCGUAAUACGAUAAAACAUGUGAUACACCAAUGUGUAAAGUGUGCGAGAUUUAGGGCAACUUCGGCAGAACAGCUAAUGGGCAGUUUGCCCAAGGAUAGAGUUACUGCAUAUCGACCAUUUCAAGUUGUAGGUGUCGACUUUGCCGGUCCGGUGUUGCUACGUUCGAGUAGUUUGAGAAAGGCUCAACAUACGAAGGCGUACAUUUCUUUAUUUGUUUGUAUGGCCACUAAGGCUAUUCACAUUGAAUUGGUUUCCAGUCUGUCAACUGAAGCCUUUUUAGCUGCUUUACGCCGUUUUAUUGCGAGACGUGAUUGUUGUUCGGUAAUCCAUAGUGACAAUGGGAGAAAUUUUGUCGGCGCAAAAACGGAAUUAAAACAAUUAACCAAACUAUUUAUGUCCGAGAAGUCAAAAAACGAAUUGAUUUCCGCGUCAUCACGGUUAGGAAUAACUUGGCAAUUCACACCUUCUCACGCUCCUCAUUUCGGAGGAUUAUGGGAAGGUUCUAUCAAAGUAAUGAAACAUCAUAUCCGGAGAGUAAUAGGAUCAUACUGUCUCACCUAUGAGGAGUACAUGACGGUUUUGAUACAAAUUGAAGCUGUGUUGAACUCCAGACCAAUCCUUGCCCUCACGGAUGAUAGCACUGAUGCUGCCUAUAUCAGUCCAGGGCACUUCAUUAUCGGAAAUACGUUAACAGCUCUUCCAGAGCCAUUCAUUGACACCAACGUUAAAACAAUGAAAUUGCAUCAGCAAAUGGCAAGCAUGCGCAACCAAUUUUGGGCAAUCUGGUCAAAGCAGUAUUUGUCAGACUUGCAAAAAAGGGCAAAAUGGAGUCAACCUCAACCAAACAUCAACAUAGAUGAUACUGUUUUGUUAAAGGAAGACAAUGUACCUCCAUUACAGUGGCCAAGUGCUAGAGUGGUGGAUACCAAACCAGGAAAGGAUGGCAAAGUAAGAGUUGUGUCCAUUAAAACUAGCAGUGGCGUAUACACCAGGCCAAUCACAAAAAUUGUACCAUUACCAUGCCAGUAG